AUGAGUUGUGGCAGUGAGGAGGCGCAGCUAGCUCAGUGUCAGGCUUACGUUCAACGACAUAACAUCCAACAGUUAGUCAAAGAGGCAAUUGUUAGAUUGUGUAUAAACAAACCUGACAAUCCAAUCUUGUUUCUUAAAGAACAUUUCGAGAAACUGUAUGACCAAAGAUCUCAGACAUCUAGUCCACGAACAGACGCGGCAGAUGAUGAUGAUACUAUUGAUGAACCUCCAAAAAUACAGCAAGGGAACAGACGACGUCUUGCAGUGAGUGCCGAAGUACCCGAUGAAAAUGAAGCCGCGAAUUAUGACAAGGUUGUGAUACCUAAGGAUGAAGAAACUCGAAGGGCUCUUGAAGCAGCAAUGUGCAAGAACAUUUUGUUCUCACAUCUCGAAGGAGAUGAACAAAAGGCCAUAUUUGAUGCCAUGUUCCCCGUUGAAAAGAAGAAAGGAGAAACUAUUAUUGAGCAAGGAGAAGAAGGAGAUAAUUUUUACGUGAUCGAUUCCGGUGAUGUUGACGUUUUUGUGAGUGGUGAAUAUGUAUUAUCUAUCAAAGAUGGUGGUAGUUUCGGUGAGCUUGCUCUUAUAUAUGGCACACCGCGUGCUGCAACAGUGAUUGCGAAAUCAGAUGUCGUGAAAUGUUGGGCUAUUGACCGUAUCACUUAUCGGCAAAUUUUGAUGGGAUCAACAAUGCGGAAAAGAAAGCUCUAUGAUGAAUUUUUGUCUAAAGUUCAAAUUCUUUCUGACCUUGAUAAGUGGGAAAGAGCCAAUGUCGCCGAUGCUUUAGAACGCUGCGAUUUUGAACCAGGGACCCAUGUAGUUGAGCAGGGACAUCCUGGCGAUGAGUUCUUUAUUAUUGUUGAAGGACAAGCAGAUGUAUUACAAAAACGAAGUGACGAUGCACCUUUCGAAAUCGUCGGGCAUUUGUCCUCAUCAGAUUAUUUUGGAGAAAUAGCUUUGCUCUUGGACCGACCUCGAGCUGCAACAGUAAUUGCUAAAACACCUUUAAAAUGUGUGAAAUUGGAUCGAGCCCGAUUUGAGCGUGUGAUGGGACCAGUGCGUGAAAUUCUCAAGAGAGACGUAUCAAAUUAUAAUUCAUAUGUCAAAUUAAUGACAUGA